UUUUCUUUUAACGAAGAAAACCCUUCAUUUCUUUUCAUUUCUUUCGUGAGACAUCCGCCGACCACCCCUCUCUGCCUUUCAUCUUCUUCACCAAAGGUUGCAGUUGCUUCGACGCCGCCGCACCCCGUGAUCUACUGAACGCCGCUCGUCGCUGUCCGUGGUCACUAGCGUUCUCUCUCUUCCUCUCUACCCGUUUCUCUUUACUAGUCUUCACCGCCACCGCUGCUUGACACCGUCUGUGGGUCGCGGGCUGCCGUUUAACUGUCAGAAUCUUGUUUCUUGCAUUUUUUUUUUUGGUGGCAUUUACUGAACGAAGGACUGAAACAAACUAAUGGCUGAUGAAAACUUCAUUUCUUCUCAAAUCCUGCUGCUUGAAAUAUAGUACCCAACCUGUACAGACUGGAAUUUCAUCGAGCUCAAUUUUCUUUCUGUAGAAGCUUGUUGGCAGUAAUUCAAGCACCUUGCUGCAGAUUGUUGUACUUCUGCUCCUAUUUUUGGCAUUACGGUUGAUUCUACAAGAGAGAGAGUCCAUAAUGGCCUUUAGAGGAAAGGAAAUGAUGAAGAAGAUACUGAAGAAAGUUGGAGAGAACAAUUUGGCACCUGGAGUGAAAGAUUCGUUGAAGAAAUGUAUUCCGGACAGCAAAAUAGUGAUGGGUAGAGCAAACCGCGGUAUUUAUGCUGGCCGUCACAUACGAUUCGGCAAUCGUGUCAGUGAAGAUGGUGGUAACAAAUCAAGGAGGAAUUGGAAACCAAACGUCCAAGAGAAGCGACUUUUCAGCUAUAUUCUAGACCGCCAUAUUCGAGUUAAAGUUACCACUCAUGCCCUUCGAUGCAUCGACAAGGCUGGUGGGAUCGACGAGUACCUGCUGAAAACUCCAUACCACAAAAUGGACACUGAAUUGGGGCUGUUUUGGAAGUCAAAGAUUGAGACGCUGUAUGAAGAACUUGGGAAGAUGGAGGUCGUUUUCUUCUCACCAGAGGACGAAGUUAAAUUUGAACAACGCUUUAAAGAACUGAAAUUAUCUGAGAGGGCAGCACGGAGGGAGGCAAGAAGACAAAUGUAUGGCAGUUCGGCUAAACUCAAUCAGAUCAAAGAGGGCGGAGAAAAGGGUAAUGGAUCUAGUGAGGAAGCUGCUGCAAGUUCUGAAGGAGGUUCCCAUGGUGAUGAUAGUCAUCAGCAGUGGGUUGCCAAUGUCUAAUUGCUUACAGGAGACUUUUUCUUCUUCUCAACUUGAGAGUUCAAGCUUUGACUUUUUAUCCUCUCUUUCCAAAGAUUUGUUUCUUCAUUUUUCACUAUAACCUUUUGUAGCUUAUAUUUGUAUUUUGUUUAAUAUAUACAGUUAGAAAAGAGAAUUGUUUUUGGAAAUUGAGAUGGGAAAUCUUCAAACUUUUUGUUCAAUAAGAUUAGCCGUAGGCUCUGAGAUUUGAAGUUUGUGACAGUCUUUUACAAGUAGAACGUCCGAUCUCCAUUCUCAAGGCUGUUUCAUUCUCA